CCGAUACCAGAGUAUUGUGAUUAACACAACACCAUCUGGAGUCCUCAGUGGUUAAGCAUGAAUAGGGGACGAGAGGACUUAUGUUGCCUCUUUGUCGCUCUCGCGCUCCGACCUCACAGCCGAUGCAUAUACAGGAGGAACCAGCUGGCAUGGCAUCCUCACAUACGUUAUGCCUCGUCCUCGAACCCUCCGUCACCGGCUCCCAAACAACAAGAGCUUCCGAAGAAACCCAGUGUCCCUCUACAUGUUGGCCUGGACCGCAACCCUGACGCCGUGUCGGCCAUCUCCCGAAUACCUAUACCACGAGGCGAACGAGGCGAGAAAUUCACCCCGUCUGUCCUCUCACGGCCACUAGGACUUGAACAUCCUCCUCUGCCGGGACAGAACAGCCCCAUUGAUGCUCGCUCGCUGCGCGAACGCAAGGAGGAUUUCGCAAACUACCAGAAAGCGCUUGAGCGUCGGCGAAUCUACCUGCGUUCUUAUUUCCGCCCGUACUUCCAAGAAUGGAGUCGCACCGAACACUACAAGGGCAAGAGCUUCGUGUCUAACGAGCGCCUUUUCCGACGGGACAAGGCUCUCUAUUUCCCCAACAUCUGGGGGCCGACACUUGCAAAAGAAGGAGACGGUCCCGACGGCGGAAGAGACAUCACACCUACCAUCACGGGCAAAAUCUCGCUCAUAGGCAUGCAGUCUGGCCAGUGGGCUGAAGAACAGGUCGACACAUUUUUCGGCCCGAAGGACAACCCUGACUUGUCUGGGAUUAUCGCAGCGAGCAAUGGGUUGGUCCAACGUGUCGAUAUCAAUAUUCAAGGGGAUUGGAUUCGUGCAUGGCUCGUCAAAAUGUUCCAAGGACGACUACGGAGCAUGAUCCCCGAUGACCGCUGGGACAAAUAUUUCAUGAUCAAACUCCCACGAGAUAUUCGACGAGGGCUGACAGACGAUGUGCGAGACGCCAUGGGCCUUUUGAAUUCCCAAGUGGGUUAUGUCUAUCUGGUCGACUCCAGCUGUAAAAUUAGAUGGGCCGGAAGUGGCCAUGCAUGGGAAGGCGAAGUCGCCGGUCUCAACUCCGCUCUUCAAAGACUGAUACAAGAAGAACGAAAAUUACAGUCAUCAUAACAUCCCAUGUCAAAAUCGUGCUUGGUCCUCGAUGGAGCUUCAAAUAGACCGCGCUCCUCUGGAACGCCUCCAUCCAAAAUCAAACUGCUCAAGAUAGUUUCCCAACGCCGAAUCAGCACAAUGCCUGCCACAAUUACCACCUAGCCAGAUUCCUGUCGUUCAAUCAUCAUGGUCAAUGCGACCUAAGCAUCACAAUUUUCCGGUUUAAUGCUAGAAGGCAGCAGUCAGCAAAAAGGCUUUUCGGUUUCAGAAGACGAUCAUACAUACCCACACUUGGGACAUACUUCGUCCGACUCCGCGCCGUCCAAGAUCUCAUGCACGACCCUACACUUUUUUGAUGCGGCCUUGUUAUCAGUCUUCUUGGUCGUUCUUGAAGAAGCAGCUGCCUUGUCGCACAUUGAGUGAACAUAGUACGGAGCCGGGCGUGCAGUGCCAGGACAGCAGCUCCAAUGGUACGUAUAGUAAAUACACAUGAGGUAGACUUUUGUGUCUUGAUCGUCGAAUUAUUGAAGGAUGACGAUCUCAGAGGUACCUGAGCCGAUUGAUUGGUAGUCGAAACGAGACUGGCAGUAGUUUGGUACAAAUAUCGAACUUUCCGGUCACCUCUUCUGUCGAUAGAGAGAGGCUAUCUCAAUUGUUCUCGUGCAAUCGGUGUUCUGGGUUCGGAGAUAAUAUGGUCCAUUCCUCAAUCCCUUUUGGGAGAGUGACCAGUCAGGACCUUUCAAUAUAAUAUAGAAUCGCCUCUCCUGGCAACCAC